AUGAAUAGGCCUAUGAUCGAGGAGCUCCGGAGGCGCCUCACUGAUAUCGGCAAUGAUGCCAAAUCGAGUGGCGUGAGCCUCCGCGAGAUCAUUCCCCCAGAUUUUCUAGACCAUUUCCCCGAGCUGGCACGGCUACAAGACACUGAGACUAAGCUACGCGACACUAAGUAUGAACUGGAAGUUAGUGAGGGAAAGCUACACGAUGCUAAGAGAAUGCUGGAAGAUAACGAGCACCGCGAAAGGAGCUUCUUGGAGAAAUUCAAGGAAAUGAGUAAAUCCAAAUCAAAAACCAAGGAAGAGGGUGAAUCAACUGAAGAUGAUACUCCUCUUCCGACUGAUGUGAGGGUGGAGAAGAAUCGAGUUAAGCACUACAAAAAGCUUUAUGUGUGUGCCCAAGAGUACGCUGGAGCCUUGGAAAGCCAAAUUGAGGUGCUCAAGCUCGAUGCCGAAAAGGAAGUUCAGAAGGUCAUACUGGACACAAAGGAAGCAAAUCAGAGGGAUCGGAAAGCCGAUCACCGUAUCAUUGAUGGCUACGCAAAAGAUGUGAACCGGCUAACAGAACAAAACAAAGAACUCGAGAAGGCUAAUCAAGAGCUCCAAAACGCAACACAAAACGCACUCAAGGCCAAGGAUGAGCAACUUUCGGCGCUAGUCGUAGAAAUUAGGGAGCUUAAUCGUUGUUCCAAAGAACGCGAGAAGGAAGACGACAAUAUUGAGAAAGCAUUUGAUGAUCUGAUCGAGCGCUUAGGGGAACUGAACGACGAUAAUGUAGAAUCUAUCAACCGGCAAGAAGAUCUCUCCCGUGAGCACAACCACUUGCGAAAUGCCGCAGUCUCCGAAGCUAGGGUUCUUAAUCGUUACUUUAGUGUAGCUUUGCAAGCUAUGUCUAGACUGCUAGAGAUACUCGGGCCAAUGUUGCCUUCAGGGGAUGCCGAGCCCAAAGACGGUCCGCGAAAAUUCUUAAGAUUUGCGCUCCAAGAAGAUACCGAGGACAAACCAAUGAGCCACAAUCUGCGACAUUUCCUAAAUCUCGCGGUCGAGCAAAAUGCCGAGACGAGUUCAAUAUCCUGCAGCUUUCCAGAUAUAUUAAAUCUCACGACCCAAGCAUCCUUAGAUGCUAUCACAAUGUACGACCAUUUCGACCAGGAGGGCAUAAAUCAGGGAGGAUUGCGUAAAGAACUAACUGGCAUGUUUCUAUCGGCAAUUAAAUUCCAGUUGAAUUUAGAGCACUUCAAGGAUGGGCUGGGAGGUUUAUCAAAAGAACUAGAACACAAGCCUAGCAUGUGGUGUUCUUUUAAGAAGGUUUCAUUAGUCCAUCUAGUCGGGCUGGUCAACAAAGGUCCCAAGUCGAAAUCGAAACGGAGAAGGUCUUGCCUAUGGCCCAGCUUGAGUUAG